AUGGCCGCGGCCGCGGCGGGUGGAGCCCCGGGCCCGGCCCCCGGCCCCGCCGCGGCGCCGCCGGCCCCGGCCGCCCGGAACCCGCCGCCGGCGCUGCGGAGGCGCGGGGACUCGCGACGCCGCCAGGCCGCGCUCUUCUUCCUCAACAACAUCUCCCUGGACGGACGGCCGCCCAGCCUGGGCCCGGGCGGCGAGAAGCCCCCGCCGCCGCCGCCGCUGCCGCCGCCCGCCGAGGCCCGCGAGCCGCCCGCACCGCCGCCCGCGCCGCCCGCCGGCCUCCCCGGGCUGCCUGCCAGGACCCCCGCGCCCCAGGGCCUCCUCAGCCCCACGCAGGCCCCCGCCGGCCUGGGGCUGGACGGGCCGCGCCAGAGGAGGCGCGUGGCAUCCCAGCGCUGCUCCCUGGAGUUUCUGGAAGAUGCGGUGGGAUGUGCCGCGGUGCAGAGGAGCAGACACACGUCGGGGUCCCCGCGGCAGAAGGGCCUGAAGAAGACUCACUUCAUCAAGAACAUGAGGCAGUACGACACCAAGAACAGCAGGAUCGUGCUCAUCUGUGCCAAGCGCUCCCUGUGUGCGGCCUUCUCAGUCCUGCCCUACGGAGAGAGCCUGCGGGUCUGUGACCUGAGGGUGGACAGCCAGAAGCAGAGGCAUCCGUCCGGCGGCGUGUCCGUGUCCUCCGAGAUGGUCUUUGAGUUGGAAGGCGUUGAGCUGGGAGCAGAUGGAAAGGUCGUGUCGUACGCCAGGUUCCUGUACCCUACCAACGCCCUGGUCACACACAAGAGCGACAGCCACGGCCCACUGCCCCAGCCACGGCCCAGCGUGCCUCGGGCGCUGCCAGGGUCCAGACACAAACCCGUCCCCUCCAAGCCAGCGCCAGCCGGCCCAGAACUAGGGGGCGACGGGGGAGACGCCCUGGAGUACAACCCCAACCUGCUGGAUGACCCGCAGUGGCCGUGCGGCAAGCACAAGCGAGUGCUCAUCUUCGCCUCCUACAUGACCACCGUGAUAGAGUACGUGAAGCCCGCCGACCUCAAGAAGGACAUGAACGAGACCUUCCGCGAGCAGUUCCCGCACAUCCGGCUGACGCUGAGCAAGAUCCGCAGCCUCAAGCGCGAGAUGCGCCGCGUGUCGCAGGAGUGCGGCCUGGAGCCGGGCGCCGUGUCCGCGGCCUACGUGUACUUCGAGAAGCUGGUGCUGCAGGGCAAGCUGCACAAGCAGAACCGCAAGCUGUGCGCCGGCGCCUGCGUGCUGCUGGCCGCCAAGAUCAGCAGCGACCUGCGCAAGGGCGAGGUGAAGCAGCUCAUCGACAAGCUGGAGGAGCGGUUCCGGUUCAACAGGCGGGACCUCAUUGGGUUCGAGUUCACGGUGCUGGUGGCCCUGGAGCUGGCGCUCUACCUCCCGGAGAACCAGGUGCUGCCCCACUACCGGCGCCUCACGCAGCAGCUGUAGGCGCGGCCGCCGCCCCGCGUCUUCCGCCGAGGCCAGCGGGGCCGGAGCGCGGGCAGCGGCUGAGCGGGGCCGGCGCGGACUCUCCGCUCCCCGGACGGUGGACAGAGCUCCGCGCCCGCCUAGCUGACCCCCCCACGCCCCGGCGAGAGGGCGCGGCCCGCAGUGCAGCUGCUGCCCGCCAGGAGGGACCGCGCCGCGGGCCAGGCUCAGGGCGGGACGCCCCCAGGACUGCGCCCCUCGUGUCGCCUGCCCCCGAGUCCGUUCGCCCAGUAAACGUCGGUUUCGCAGCAUCGCCUUUGCCGGCUCCCGC